UUCAAAUCUUCUUAAGUCAUUGGAAGAUAACUUUCAAAAUCAUAUCGUAGUCUAUUCAUUUCUUGCCCGGAUUUUAUCUUGGCUAUUCAGUCGAUUGCCUCGAGACAAGAAUCGAUACUUGUGUUUACGUAAACCUUUAGAGACCCAAAAUACUAACGGCCCAAGCCCGCACGUGACAAGACUAGCGCAAAAAACUGGUUAUGGGAAAUUUUUCACCGGCUCGUUUGCUCCGAACCGCGACGUCGUUUUCUCUCGCCACCGAAAUUUUUCAUUAAGUUCGCUGAUUAAAACUUUUAUUUUUACCAGAAUUUUUUAAGAACACAAUACGUUAAAUCGCGCACCACUCAAUAUUUUUAAUCCAACAUUCGUACGUUUUUAUAAAUUGCGCGAAAUGCGUUUAUCGCGGUGAAUUCUCUGAAUUUGUCGCGAAAUUAAUAAGGAUUAACGAUUGAAUAUUAUCUUAUUUAUUAUAAUCGGUUAGCAAGAUAUCGAUAAGCAAACAGGAAGGUUAUCGCACUCACAUUGUUCGCGAUAAAACCGUUACAGAGAUUUCGCGGUGUUCAUGCAUCUGCUGAAGUGCGCGAUCGGCACCGGCAUCCUCUUCCUGCCGCACGCCUUCAGAAGGACCGGCUACGCGGUGUCCGUCGUCUGCGGCAUCGUCAUCGGCGCACUGUGCAUUCACGCGGCCGGCAUUAUCGUACAAUGCUCCCAGGCGUUAUGCAGGCGCAAUCGCGUGCCCAUGCUGGAUUUUGCCGAAACGGCGCAGUUCUCCUUCCAGGCGGGCCCGGAGAGGAUUCGAAAGUACGCCAGGCUAUUCGGCGUAGCUACCAACGUGAUCAUUUGCUUCGUGCACUUUCAGGCCGCCGUGAUAUACAUCUUGUACGUGGCCACGUCGUUCCAGCAGGUGAUAGAAUUUUUCUCGGGCCUCGAGAUGAACCCGCGCGUCUACGUCGUCAUCUUCUUUCCCUUCACCUGCGCCCUGGGCUUCGUGCCGAACCUCAAGUAUCUGGCACCGUUCUCCGUUAUCGGCACUUUCUUCCUGUUCCUCGGGGUCUGCAUCGCGGUUUACUACUUCCUGGACGACGUUCCCGAUCCCCAUAGACUCGACGCGCUGACGGAAGUCCUACCCGUGCCCAUGUACUGCGCCAUUUUCCUGUUCGCCUUGCACAACGUGACCCUGUACUUGCCGCUGGAGAACACGAUGAGACAUCCCGGUCAUAUGCCGCGCCUGAUCGUCGCCAGCACGUCGUUUAACAUCGUCAUAUAUCUGGCUUUUGGUUUUCUCGGCUACAACAAGUAUCCGGAUGCCUGCGACACCGUCAUCAAGAACCUACCAAUGGAGGAGACCCUGGCCCAGGUAGUCAAGAUAGCCAUUUCCUUGUCGGUCCUGUUUACCUUCGGCCUGGCGUACCACGUCCCGAUCAGCGUGCUGUGGCCCAUGAUCCGCUCGAGAAUCGUCACGAAGAGCACGCUGCAUCAGCGACUGUGCGAGAGCUCGCUCCGAUUAGGCGGCGUGAUGGGCACCACGCUGCUGGCCAUCGCCGUGCCCCAAAUGGUACCCUUGCUGGGCCUGUUCUCCGCCUUGGGCACGUCGACGAUCAUGCUGCUGAUACCCAUACUAAUCGAGACGUCGACUAAGUGGGCGGAAGCCACGAGGACGAUGCUCGUGAAGAACAUCGCUAUUUUCGUCGUCUGGCUGUUGAUCUUGAUUUUCGGGACGAUAGAGAGUACUUGGUCAAUUGUUAGAGAAUACAGCGGGACGAGGCGGGAAAAGUGUUGAUCGAUAGCUUGUCGAUCGCUACUUGAGGGACCCCCGGCACAAAAUUACGAAGCGGCUUCCCGCGACAAUCCAACGUACUACGCAAAACGGACUGAUGUCACUUGAGGACGCGGAGAGCGAAAUGCGAUGUUACGAUAAGAGACGAAGGACUCGCCGGAGCAGCGAAGCGAAAGGAUGACAAAGGUGGACAAAAUACGCAGGAAUUCUUUGUAACAAUGCCCCCUGAUUACACCUGCUUUCCGGGACACCGCGGUUCUGUGUCGGAAGAGA